AGAGAAAUUUUGAGUGUUCUAUAGUAAUGACGUAUUUCGAAAGCGACUUCCCGGAAAAGCCUCCAUUACUGCGCGUCGAUAGAACAUCCACGUGAGAUAGUUAUCAGCAGUGAGGACUUCUAGUAUUUGAUUUUUCAAGAUGGGCAAGAAAGGAAAAGUGGGGAAAAGUCGGAAGGACAAAUUCUAUCAUUUGGCAAAAGAGACAGGAUACCGCUCCCGAUCAGCCUUUAAACUCAUCCAACUUAACAGAAAAUUUCAGUUUCUACAGAGAGCCCGUGCACUUGUAGAUCUUUGUGCUGCUCCAGGGGGCUGGCUCCAGGUUGCUUCAAAGUUUAUGCCAGUCUCAAGUCUUAUUAUAGGAGUGGAUAUUGUUCCAAUUAAGCCAAUUCCCAACGUGGUUACCUUGCAGGAUGAUAUAACCAGUGAAUCUUGCAGACAGGCAGUUAGGAAACAAUUACAGACAUGGAAGGCAGAUGUGGUUCUCAACGAUGGAGCGCCCAAUGUUGGAGCUAACUGGAUACAUGAUGCAUUCUCCCAAGUGCACUUGUCACUUAUGGCACUGCGACUUGCCUGUGACUGUCUCGCAAGGGGUGGCUGGUUCAUCACAAAAAUAUUCAGAUCUUCUGAUUAUCAAUCUCUACUCUGGAUCCUUCAACAGUUCUUCAAGAAAGUGAGCUCAACAAAGCCUCAGGCAUCUCGUAGUGAGAGUGCUGAAAUAUUUGUGGUUUGUCAAGGAUUUCUAGCUCCAGAUAAAAUAGACAACCGGUUCUUUGAUCCAAAAUUUGCCUUUAAGGAUUUGGAAGGUCCAGUACAGACUGUCUCACAGCUUGUUUCUUACAAGAAGCCAAAGGCAGAGGGUUAUGCUGAAGGUUCCCUUACACUCUAUCAUCGUGCAUCUUUGAUUAACUUUCUGAGAGCAGAGAACCCAGUCGACUUCUUGUCAAAGACCAGUGAGAUUACUCUGGAUGAUCCAGUUUUAGAGAAACAUCCAGCUACAAGUGAUGACAUCCGUGAAUGCUGUCGAGACAUCAAAGUAUUGGGGCGCAAAGAGCUAAGAUUGCUCCUCAGUUGGCGUUCUAAGUUACGAAGAUCUCUUGCCAGGAAGUUGAAAGAGGGAAGUAAAGCAUCAGAGAAAGAAAUAGAGCUUAGCUCAGGUGAGGAGGAGGAUGAAAAGGAAGCCCCACAAAAGGUAGUCGAGAAUAAACCGGAAGAUGAAGAGGAGGAACUUGACAAGAAACUUGCAGAAUUGAAAGCGGAUGAGCUUGCAACACUUAGAAGGAAGAAAAAACGUUUGCUAAAGGCUCAGCGCCGUCAGAGGGAGCGUGUGGAACUAAAAAUGGAUCUCCCAGGAGUCUCCAUUGCUGAUGAGGGAGAAACUGGCAUGUUUUCACUGCGUACAAUUGGCAAGAGCGAGCUUUUGCAGACUCUUUCUCGUGGUGACAUGUCCGUUGCAGAUUCUCUCAUAUCAGAUCCAGCCCAUAAUAGUGAAGACAUAUUUCUCUCUGAAGAAGAGGGCUCGGAAGGAGAUGAAGUAUCUCUUGCCAGUGACCUGGAUGAUGAUGACAUUCAGGAAGUAAGAGAGCUGGAAAAAGAAACUAAGAUUAUAAGGAAACCUCCCUCUGUUGAUGAGUCCCCUGAUGACAAAGAAGAAGUGAACCCUCUACUUGUUUCUUUGGAGGAAAAAUCAGAAAGUCAACAGAGAGAUACAAACCUGUGGUUUGGGAAGGGAAUUUUUUCUUCAUUGGAUUUGGACAUUGACGAAGAUUUGGAAAUUGGGCAGGCACAGUUGCUACAAGAAAACAGUAAAGAUAAGCCACAGAAAAAAAGCAAAGAAAAAAAGAAACUGGAACUACAACAACCUACCGAAGAUAUUGCAGCUGUCCAGAACUCCACAAAGAACUCAGAAGAAACUAAAGAGUUUCCACAGAACUCCAUAGAGACUGGAGCAGUAGAUAAUGCAGCUGGGGAUCUCAGUGAAUCAGACAGUGACAGCAGUGAGGAUGAAAGUGACAUUAAGUCCAUGAAAAGGAGGCUUGGGAAGAGAAAGGGGCAAGAGGACGAGACGGAUGACUUUGAAGUAGUUCCAAUAGAACGCCCAGUGAAACGAUCUCGUGUCCUUGGCCCAGAAGGCCUUGCUCUUGGAACAGUCAUUGCUACAUCAAAAAAAUCUACAAGGGAUAUAGUUGACAAUUCCUUCAAUAGAUAUGCCUUUAAUGAAGAAGAGGAUGAGCUUCCUGACUGGUUUGUGACCGAGGAAAAAAAGCACCGUAUAAUUCAGGUUCCUGUAAACAAACAGAUGAUGGAUGAAUAUCGCAAGAGGCAACAAGAGCUCAAUGCUCGUCCAAUCAAAAAAGUGGCAGAAGCAAAAGCCAGAAAAAGGAGACGGAUGCUUAAGAAAAUGGAGCAAGCCAAGAAGAAGGCUGAAGCUGUGGUUAACACAGUUGACAUCUCCGAGAGAGAAAAGGCUGCACAGCUACGCAGUGUAUAUAAAAAGGCUGGACUUGGAAAAGAAAAGCGCCAGGUUACGUAUGUGGUAACUAAGAAAGGGGCUGGGCGCAAAGUUCGGCGGCCAGCUGGAGUCAAGGGUCAAUUCAAGGUUGUGGAUGCAAGGAUGAAGAAGGAUAUGAGAAGUCAACAAAAGAGAAAAUAAAUAAGUGGACACUUGCAUUGCGCCAUGUUGAUAUUAUGGCAAUUUGUCAGAUUUGUGAUCAGUUCUUUGUCAUUUUAACAUUUCUUCCUGGCUGUCUUUUUAAUACCUGGUCACAAAAUGAUUUUCUGUUCUUUUCAACUGAAAGUGCAAGCUUUAUGAAUGACCAUGUUCUGUAUUGUGUAAAUAAAAAA